AUGUCUCUGUCUCCAUGCCGGGUCAAGAGGGGCUUCAGCACACGCUCAGCCUGUUCUGCUUUUUCAGGGGCCUGUGGCAGAGCCGGCUUCAGUAGCAGGAGCCUCGGCAACCUCAGGGGGUGCCAAGGGAGCUCCCGUGGGAGGGUCCGGGGGUCAGGGGGAAGGCUUGGGAUGUGGUCUGCAAAGGGGAUUGCUGGGCCUGGGCAUUCCCUGUGCCCACCUGGGGGCAUCCAAGAAGUGACCAUGGACGAGAGUCUGCUGACCCCACUGAAGAUUGAGAUUGACCCCCAGUUCCAUGUGGUGAGGACACAGGAGACCCAAGAGAUCAGGACCCUCAACAACCAGUUUGCUUCCUUCAUUGACAAGGUGCGGUUCCUGGAGCAGCAGAACAAGAUCCUAGACACCAAGUGGAACUUGCUGCAGCAACUGAAGGUGAGUGACAGCCCCCAGGACUUGGAGCCUGUCUUCGAGACCUGCCUGGCCCACCUCAGAAGGCAGCUGGAGCAGCUGCAGGGAGAACGAGGAGCUUUGGAUGCUGAGCUGAAGGUCUUCCAGGACCAGGAGGAGGAGUACAAGGCCAAGUAUGAGCAGGAGGCCCACAAGCACACCAUCGUGCAGAAUGACUUUGGGGUCCUAAAAAAGGAUGUGGAUGCGGUUUUCCUGAGCAAGAUGGAGUUGGAAGGCAAGCUGGAGUCUCUGCGGGAAUACUUCUGCUUCUUGAAGCGUCUGUAUGAAGAAGAGGUGGGCCAGGUACAGACCCAGGUGAGCGACACGUCUGUGGUGCUGUCUAUGGACAACAACCGCUGCCUGGACUUCAGGGACAUCAUCGCUGAGGUCUGCGCUCGGUACGAGGAGAUUGCACAAACCAGCAAGACCGAGGCUGAAACCCUGUACCAGGCCAAGUACCAGAAGCUUCAGGCAUCAGCCCAACUUCAUGGGGACAGCAUGAAGGAAACCAGGGUCCAGAUUUCUCAGCUGCAGCAGACCAUGAAGAGGCUGCAGAGUCAGAUUGCAAGUGUCAAGGAUCAGAAUGCCAACCUGCAGUCAGCCAUUGCUGGUGCCGAGCAACGUGGGGAGAGGGCUCUGAAGGAUGCUCAGGCCAAGCUGGAUGAGCUGGAGGGUGCUCUGAGAACAACCAGGCAGGACAUGGCCAGACUGUUGCGCGACUACCAGGAACUAAUGAGCACAAAGCUGUCCCUGGACGUGGAGAUUGCCACCUACCGCAGGCUGCUAGAGGGCGAGGAGUGCAGGGUAACUGGGGAGUGCCCCAGCCAGGUCACUAUUUCCACAGUGGGAGGCAAUGUCUUUUCAUCUGGAGGAACUGGUGGCGGCCGAGUGGGUACUUGUGGACUCAGAGGCAGGAAAGGCAACUUCGGAUCUGGCUGCUCCAGCAUCGUGACUGGAGGCUUUAACACCACCCUGGGCUCUGGGCAUGGCCCUGUUUUGGGCUUCUGUUCUGUGUCUGGCUCUGGCUUUGGCUCUGGCUCUGGCUCUGGCUCUGGCUGUCACACCAUUGUAAAGAAGACAGUGGAGUCGAGUCUGAAGACUUCUAUCACAUACUGA